AUGCGUGCUUUUGAAAGUUGUGGGAAACUUCAAACGAUUAAUUUCACAAACUGUGAAAAUCUUACUCAAAUACAAACCAGAGCAUUUUCUGGCUGCCAUUUGCUAUCUGAUAUUAUUCUUCCUAAAAAUCUCAAAGAAAUAUCAAACAGCGCAUUUUCGGGUUGUCAUUCAUUGUCUACAAUUUGUAUUCCAGAUGAAGUUAUAUCUUUAGGAGAAUAUUGUUUUGCUAAAUCAUAUUCUUUAAGUUCAAUAACUAUCAGUCCUAAUUCCAAACUUGAAAUUAUAGCUGCAUAUGUUUUUAUGGAAACCCCAUUAAAACAGAUUUUUCUUCCAAAGAAUCUAAGAAGUAUUACUCACGAAACCUUUAAAGAUUGUAGAACCAUAGAAUUUAUAGAAUGUGAUGCUCAAAGUACUAAUUAUUUUGCAGAAGAUAAUGUUUUAUAUAAUAAGCAAAAGACUAUAAUUAUUAUAUUCCCAUACAAUAAUGUUACUUCAUUUAGGAUGCCAGACACUGUAACAGUUAUUGGAGAUAAUGCAUUUGUUUAUUCAUUGUUAGAAGAAAUAACAUUCAGUCCGGUAUUAAAUUUGAUACAGGUAAAUGCUUUCGCAUAUUCACAUUUGAAGUCAUUUACAAUUCCGGAUUCUGUUACAAUGAUUUAUGGUUGGGCGUUUUAUAAUUGUAAAUAUCUUGAUACAGUCAUUCUUGGAAAAAAUCUCACAAUUAUUCCAAACUCUUGCUUUGCAUAUUCAAAUAUUUCUCAAAUAACAAUUCAAGAAGGUGUUAAAACAAUUGAGUCGUGUGCAUUUUUUAAAUGCAUAAAUCUUAAGAGUGCAAUAAUACCAAAUAGUGUUCAAAACUUUGGAGGUUCGUGCUUUCCAAACGAUAUAAAUCUCACAUUACCUCCAAAUUCCCAGUUUUGGUUUGAUCAUCAAAAUAUUCUUUAUAACUCAAAUAGAGAUACAAUUAUCUUGUGUUUGAGUUUAAAUGAAAGAUAUGACAUUCCUGAUAAUGUCACUGAAAUAACCCAAGCAGCUUUUCGUGGAAUUACGGAAUUGAUUACAAUUAAUUUCCUUCCAAAUUCCAAAUUAAUUUGGAUUGGGGAUGGGGCUUUUCGUGAUUGCAUUAAUCUCCAGUAUAUUAAUCUCCCGAAUUCUAUAAAAUCAAUAGGUGGCGAUGCCUUUAGUGGAUGUCAUAAGUUCAAUUUAACAGAGUUUCCUGAAUCAUUGACUUUUAUAGGGAACAGUGCAUUCAUAGGAUGUGAUUUACUAACUGAGAUUCAUUUUAAAAUCAACCUAAUAAAAAUUGAUAAUUAUGCUUUCAUGACUGUACAAUCAUUAGAAACAGUACUUUUUGAAUCAAGCCCCACUACAUUAAAUCAUGGGGUUUUUGCACAUUGCAAAAAACUCAAAACAAUCAAGUUAAGUGAUAAAACUACUACUAUAUACAAUUCUGUCUUCGAUAAUUGUUUUUCAUUGAAAUCAAUUGAACUUCCUCCAUCAUUAACAACUCUUGGAGGAUCCGUCUUUUACUAUUCUGGUGUUGAAAACAUAACAUUUGUGGGAAAUCCACCAAUUGAAACUAUAAGGACAUUAACUUUUGAUUGUGCAACAAAAUUACGCAAUAUCAUUCUUUCAGAUUGCAUCAAAGAAAUAAAAGCCAACGCUUUUCAAUAUACUAACAUUACAACAUUUAGAGUACCAAAUCAAACAAUAGUCAUAUCAGAAUAUGCAUUCAGUCAAUGUACAAAUUUAGAACGAUUUAUUAUUCCUGAAAAUUGCUCAUUGCAAAGUCUUGGAUAUUCAGCAUUCGAGGGUUGUAAGUCAUUGAGAGCAUUCGAAUGCCAUGAUAGUGAAUACUUUUCAGUGAUCAAUGGUGUUCUUUUUGAUAAGAACAAAACUUCAUUGGUUUGCUUCCCUCCUGCAUCUGAACUCAUGUACUUCUAUAUUCCUGAAACAGUUCACAACAUAUCUGGUGGUGCAUUUCUUGAAUGUAGAAACCUAAUUAAUAUUCUCAUUCCCGAUUAUUCUGUGCAAACAAUUGGGCGUUAUGCAUUUGCAGAUUGUGUUUCGUUAACACAUAUCAAUCUUCCAAUUUGCGUUACUGAAAUUGGAUCACAUGCAUUCGCAAAUUGUUACAAACUUAAAUGUGGUGUAGAUAUACAGAAUCGAACUCAAUCUUAUCUCGAUAACCUUUUCCAACUUGCAUUUCUUAAUAAAGAAGCAGUUGUUGAGUGUCACAAAUUAACCUGCAAAAAACAGAUGAAUCCUAGUUAUUUGAAAUCCUUGACAAUUAUUGGGAUCAUUGAUGAAAAAUUUCUAGGAUUAUUAUAA